GUUAAAAUACUUCAUUCGAUUGAAUCAAGAUGUGGAUUACAGACGCCUGCAAGGCUGUCGUCUUGUCCUUCGUGGCGGUAUUCCACUACCCGUCCGUCUCAGACGAGGGCCCUCAUCAAGAUGUCAUGACCUUCACCCACGGGCACUCCACACCAAAGAUUGACUACCCAUAUUUCGACUCACCAAGUGGUCCUGACCAGGACGGCAAGGUCUUCACAUGCAACUACACCGACCUCAAAGGCUGGAAGCCAUGCACAACUGCAGAUGAUCGCUCGUGUUGGUUGAAAGGUCCGUAUGGGCAAAACUUCACUAUUAACACAGACUAUGAGAACUUCUGGCCAAUUGGAAUAACAAGAGAGUACCACCUCAACGUUACUGACCAAUCCAUCAAUGGCGAUGGUGUUGAUAAUCCAUUCGGCAAGGUUUUCAACGGCAAGUAUCCCGGCCCUUGGAUCCAAGCCUGCUGGGGCGACCUCAUCAAAGUCACGGUGCACAACCAUCUCAAGUACAAUGGUACAACUAUCCACUGGCACGGUCUCCGACAACUGGAGACCUUUGAGAUGGAUGGUGUCAACGGCGUGACUCAAUGCCCCAUUGCACCUGGUGACAGUUAUACCUACACCUUCCGUGCUGUUCAGUACGGUACUUCAUGGUACCAUAGCCAUUAUUCUCUGCAGUAUGCUGAUGGCUUGGCUGGCCCUAUCACUAUUUACGGGCCUUCUUCUGCGCCGUUCGAUGAGGGACGAAAUCCAAUUCUUAUCACCGAUUGGAGUCAUCGCAGUGCGUUCCAGUCUUGGCAGAGGGAGCUUGUGCCGAAUCCUACGAGACCUAUGAUGAAUGGUGUUUUAAUCAAUGGCGUGGGGAACUUUGCUGGUAGUUUCCCUCGUGAGCGGUUCAACAUGACUGUGACCAAGGGCAGGAAAUAUGUUCUUCGUGUGAUCAACACCUCUGUGGAUACAACAUGGAUCUUCAGUAUCGACAAUCACAACUUCACUGUUAUGUCGACCGACUUUGUGCCGAUCCAUCCUUACUCAGUCUCUCACAUUGUCCUCGGAAUCGGCCAGAGAUAUCACAUUGUCCUGGAUGCAAACCCCACCAACACCACAAAAAUGCCCGCAAACCCCGAUGGAAACUACUGGAUUCGGACCGUCGGAGCAACUCGCUGCAAGGGCUUCGAGCCAGGCAAUGAGCCUGAUGAGCGACAAGGUAUUCUACGGUACAAUGCAUCAAGCAAACUUGUUCCAACAACGUUCCGAGAGGACUAUUCCUUGGAAUGUCGAGAUGAAGCAUAUGAUCGACUCAGCCCGGUUUACGAGUGGAAUGUUGACCCUGUCAAGAUCAACUACACCAAGAGCCAGUUCGACAUUGGUCUAGCGAAGUUUGCACACAGGCCUGAGCUGAUGGACAACUUCACCUGGUGGGCCUUUGGCGAGAAUCCUCUCUGGUUGAACUUCUCCAACCCUACUAUUCUGAAUCUCAAGAACACCACAUGGAAUCCCGACUAUGCUGUGGAUCUGGUGGUACCUGACUCGAAGAAAGAUAAAUGGGUCUACAUCGCUAUCACAGCCCCUCCGGCUCCCAUUCAGACCAAACCCAACAGAGCUUUUGCUCCCGUUGCUCAUCCUCUCCAUCUUCACGGUCACGACUUUGCCCUUCUAGCGCAAGGUACCAACUUCUCAGACCUGGACACAGGAAAGGUCAAUCUCAAGUUCAACAACCCUCCUCGUCGAGAUGUUGCGCUUCUUCCCGCCGGAGGAUAUCUCGUCGUUGCCUUCAAGGCCGACAACCCUGGUUCUUGGCUGUUCCACUGCCAUAUUGCGUGGCAUGCGUCUAGUGGUCUGGCGAUUCAGAUCCUGGAGCAACAGACGUUGCUGAAUAGGAUCUUGGAUCAGUAUCCUGAGAAGAUGAAGGAGGUGAAUAGAGUCUGUGAUAACUGGAAUAAGUGGUUCAAGAAUGAUACGAACCUUUGGAAUGCCCAUAUCUUCCAGGAUGACUCGGGUAUCUAAUGGGCACAAUAUGAGACAGACUGGAGGUUGAGAGUCACGAGAUUGACUGGAUAGUAUGUAAAGACAUAAAGAGAUUC